GCAUUGAACAGUGUCAACACCAAAAGCGACCGCUUCAGGAGCAACACAUUCAAAUCCAACAACAAAGGCAACAAUUCCAAGAACUACCACAAACGCCACUUGCUGAUGACGAAGUUAUGAUGGAUGCAUCAAAUAUGGAUGACUCUUAUUUGAAACCUUUGUAGUUGAAGUAAAUAAAAUGACUUACAGAGAAAAAAAAACGAAAAGGUGAAAGAGGAAAAAACAAAAUGCAGGAGAAAGCACCUGAAAUGCCAAACAAAAAACACAAACAUUCAAAUUUCCAUCAAAGAUAAUGGUGGUCAUAGGAAGAGCGCUAGGGUGGUCCAAAAUAAGUAAAGUCGGAAUUUCAAUCGAAAAAUAUACCCCUAUGUUUAUAUUUUGAAAUAAA